GCGGCGCAGGGAGGGGUGCGGGAAGGGGGAGCGGCGGCCAGGCCGGGCAUGGCGUCGAUGGCGGCGGCGAUCGCGGCCUCGCGCUCGGCGGUCAUGAGCGGGAACCGGCCUCUGGACGACCGGGAGCGGAAGCGCUUCACCUACUUCUCGUCGCUGAGCCCCAUGGCCAGGAAGAUCAUGCAGGACAAGGAGAAGAUCCGCGAGAAGUACGGGCCAGAGUGGGCGCGGCUGCCGCCCGCGCAGCAGGACGAGAUCAUCGACCGGUGCCUGGUGGGGCCGGGCGCCCCCGCGCCCCGCGACCCGGGGGACUCGGGGGACUCCGAGGACCUAGCGCGCUUCCCCGGCCUGCGCGGGCCCACGGGCCAGAAGGUGGUGCGCUUCGGGGACGAGGACAUAACUUGGCAAGAUGAGCACUCUGCCCCCUUCUCCUGGGAAACGAGGAGUCAGAUGGAGUUCAGCGUCUGUUCCUUAUCCAUCCAAGAGCCGGCCAGCGGCACGGCCAGCGAGCCAAGACAGCUGUCAAAAGCGUCCCAGGGCUCGCAGGCCUUCCGGUCCUCCCAGGGUGGCAAGUCCUCCAGCCUGGACGCCCUGGGUCCUGCCCGGAAGGAGGAGGAAGCUUCCUUCUGGAAGAUCAACGCGGAGCGGUCCCGGGGAGAGGGCCCCGAGGCUGAGUUCCAGUCACUGACGCCCAGCCAGAUCAAGUCCAUGGAGAAAGGUGAAAAGGUCCUGCCUGCCUGUUACCGGCAGGAUCCCGCUCUGAAGGACAGGGAGGCCAAGGGGGAGAGGCCCAGCAACGUCCGCCAGGAGCAGCGCGUCUUUCCAUGUGUCAGCGUCGAGCAUGAGAGACCCCAGCCUGUCCAGGCCUGCGCCAGCACGGGGAAGGAAGCCAUCCUGUCCGAGCCUGUAGGGAAGCUGCCCUCUCCUGAGGACCAGCAGGAUGUCGUGGAGGACGUGGAGGAUGGGCUGUUUUCGGAACCCAUGACGACUCAGGAGAGCUGGGCUGUUACUCACCUCAGUGACUGGCUUACGAACAAGGAAACACAUCUCACGGGUCUGUUCUGGUGCCUGUUACAUGUAGAUGUCGCAGAUACCUGUUGCCCUUCCCCCGGUGUGUGAGGGCAGGUCACCUCAAGUAAUGUUGUCUUGAAGACAGGAUUCGAUUUUCUGGACAACUGGUAAAAUGUAUUAGACCAAAAUAAUAAUAAUAACGAUAAAAUCAAGAACCCCUGGAGUGUUUUUCCAAAGCGGUGUGGUGGAGGAGGAUAAAAUGGGCAAUAUUUCCCUUUGUAUUUUCCUGGUUUCCUACACUUUUUUCUUAAUCAUUUGGAAACUGGUAAAUAUUGCCUUGUCCAGAUUUCCAGAUUUUUCUCUUUUUGGUAAGGCCAGAUAUAUAUGCUAUUUUCAAUGAUUUAAUAACAGAAGUUUUGCAUUUGGAAUUUUUAAAGACUGUUAGGGAAUUCCAUUGAUCUUGUACAUAAAGCUUCCAUUCCCAGUUCCACCCAAUUCCCCCCACCCCAGAGAUAAAGCUUUCUCAUUGUGUCACAAAAAUCGUGAAAGCGAUUUCCCUCUCUUUCUCCUUUAGUCUCUCCCCUUUUUAUUAAUUGGGUGAACUUUGGUUGGGUGGCUGUUGGUGAUAUCCUCAGUAGUGGCAUCAGCACGCCAGCCUUGACCACGGAAGGAUGACCCUGCCACUGCCCCCAGUCCCCACCCAACGUCCCCAGCCAUCCAGGGCCACCUGAAGCCACGCUUGUCGGAUCGUGUGCCAUCUCCACCCUCACGGCGUUGCCAGGAAACAGACUGUUGGCACAUGGCAGAGAUGCUCUUUAGUUCGCCCCGAUAACUAUUCAAACCAUUCAUAGCUGUUUAAGAAGAGCUGCAUGUUUAAAAGUUUUGUAUUAACUUUUCAUUAUUUUGUAUCUAGGUUUAGAUGUUGUAGGGCUGCCACUUUUCUGGGGUGUGUACUGGUUUCUUUCUGGAAGCUCUUUGCUACUCACGUGGCCUGUGGAUGUCCCCUGUCUUGGGCGUCUGCAGGGGUAAGGGCGGACGGCAGGUGUUAGAGGAUGGACUCUUCUGAGUAGGUGUGUUAGAACCUUCCAGCAUGAGACUGGCGGGCCAGUGGACGUCUUCAUCCCGAGGACUGGUCAGACUCCCUGGACGGAUCUCCCUCCGCAUUCCUGACCACCAUCCGAAGUGAACAGUCAAGUUUCUGCAGCGCCCCGCAGCGCUCCCUGGAGACGUGUGUGGUCAUAGCAAUGGCAUCUCUUGGAACGAGACUUUGUGACCCGCUGCUGCUCAGGUGUCGUGGCAGCUCCCAGGCUACCCAGGGGAGCAAGGUGGCCCAUGCCCCGGAGGUGGGUGGGACAGGGCGAGGAGGAGCGUGGGCCUUACCCUGGGAAGCCUAUGCCCUGACUCGUGGCCCUGAGCUGCAGGAGCCUGCGGGACGCACCCGAGUGCGAUCUACACAUGGCCUCUCACUGUGUUCUCCUCACCCAAAGCCUUAACCCCUGCGAGUCCGGCCAGUGAGCACCUAGUUUCAGUAUCAAAGUGUGUCUUUUUAAAAAUGCGUUUCUGUUUCGUAUGACCUCCUUAAGUGAUUUCCAGAAUAUCUUAUCUGGCUCCAAGGUAAAGCCCAUGGCAACUUACCCCCCUCCCCGCCCCCCUCCCUCGGGAAUGUUUCUGCCAAAGUUGUGGCCCAGCCAACUUUUGAUUUGGUUUCUGCCAAUUGGAUUAUGUCCUUAAACUUCAUUUGGGCCCUUAGGGUUGUGGAUAUGACCUUCUUGCUUUGGUGACUGUGUUAUGGCAAAUAGAGGUUCUUUUGUACCAUUUAAGGAUAGUGAAACAUGCCAGGGAAAGAAGGUUUCUAGCAUGGUGGGGAGGGAAAAGGGAAACUCCAGCUGACACAGCACGGCAGUGUGCCCGCCCCUCAGGUCAGCCGCUGAGUCUCGGAGCCUGGCUCACCACCUGCCUCCACUUCCAGCCUGGAGGACAUCGGACUGUCUUAGAACCCGUGCUUGAAAACGCUUCCUCAAACGAGAGAUGGACAGGUGUGCGUUGCUAUUCCUUGGGGCUGGUGUAGCAGGGGGAACUGAACUACAUCCAGGAACAAUCAGCCCAAGAUGAGCUGUCUGUUCUCUGAGGAGAUGGUUCUCAUUAAUUGCUGAUUUUUACAUAAAGCCCAAUUAUUCCUUUCAAGUUGGACCCUGGAAGCUGAGGGGUUUGGGGAUGGUAGAAAAUCUCUGCCUCCCCAGGUGCCACCUGGGAGCCUCUGCUCAGAGCUAUUCAGUUAAUCUUGUUUCUACAGAGUCUUAAGUUUCGUGAGAGACGGCCUCCUGAGAUGAAAGGUAAAGUCAAAGCUUGGGAAAUCCUCGAGUGGUGUUGCUUGGCCCUGCUCUCAGAGGUCAGGGACUGAGAAGGAGGCAUGAAGGCCUAGAGGACACAGGCUAGUGGGUGUCUGAGAUGGUUCCUGCCCACCGAGGAACCUGUGUUCGGUGUGUCCAAGUAUAUGGACAAAUGAAGCUCUUAAGUUUGCCAUCCGCCCCCCCAACAUGUAUCAGGGUAGGGUUUUUAGAACCAGGAGUUUAUAUUUAUCAUGUUAAAAAUACACACUUUUCAGCUGAAGCCUGUAUUUGGUGUUGGGUGCCCCCCCCACCCCGCACCCCCAUUCGGUGCAUCUGGGAUUCAGCUCAAAGAUUUAGUGUCUUGCUUUGGGUGACCAUUCCUGACCCCCAGGAAGUCAGAAACUAGUUUCAGUUCCUUCACUUGGGGGUCUCUACCCUGCUCUCUGGGUUUGGGAGUGCUGCCUGCUGGGGACGGCUGCAAGCCGCACUCACGGGGAUGUCAGAGCCGCCUCCCUUUCUUUGUUACAUGUUUUCAAAAACAAUUGAAACAUUCUUACUGACAACUUGUAACUUGGUUGUAUUUUAUAUUAAUAGCCUUUAAUAAAGCCAUUUAAAAUA